AUGAAAAAUAUAAAAUUUUCAUUCCUCAGGUCAUCAAUUGCGGUUAAGCAGUUAGUCGUCAAUCUGCUGGUGGCGCCGAUUAUUGUUACGCUGACAACCAACACUCCAACGACGUCCGCCAUGAACUUGUUCGAAAAUUACAGCUUGUCCACAGUGGAAAUGAUCCGAAACGAUGGUUACGAGGUCGAAGUCCAUAAUGUCAUCACAGCCGACGGUUACAUUUUGGAGUUGCAUCGUAUCCCCAAGAGUAAGGGCGGAAAAGCACCCAGCAGAAACCAUCCGGUGUUCAUCCACCACGGCAUUCUCGGGACAUCGGCUGAUUGGGUACUAGCUGGAGCCGCCAUGUCUUUACCCAUGCAACUCGCCGACGCCGGAUACGACGUGUGGUUGGCAAACUGCCGCGGUAACACUUACAGUAGAAAACAUAUUUCGAUGACUUACAAACAAAAAGCUUUUUGGAAUUUCAGUUUACACGAAGUCGGGAAAUACGAUUUACCAUCUUCUAUCGAUUAUAUUCUUUCAAUGACGAACUCAUCGCAACUACACUACAUAGGUUAUUCCAUGGGCAGUUGUGUGUUUUUCAUUAUGGCUUCAGAGAGACCCGAAUAUCAGCCCAAAAUCCGAUCACAAAUCAGUCUCGCGCCUGUCGCCUUCUUGUCGAACACCAGAUCGUCUCUAAGAUUUAUGGCUCCGUAUGCAAAAAUGUUGAACGUCGUGUAUCAAAGGAUGUGGAAAGGAAUGUUCAUGCCCCAAUCUAAUAUGCAAAAGUUUUUGGCGUCAACCAUAUGCAGGGAAAGAAUAACGCAGAGAAUGAUAUGCGAAAAAUGCAUCAUAUUUUCCGUUUGCGGCAGCGACCCGUAUCACUUUGACACCAAAUUGAUUCCUCUCAUCAUGGGACAUUUUCCGGCGGGAACGUCGGCCAACCUCGCCGCGCACUUUGCACAGUUCAUAUUGAAAGACACUUUCGGUCAGUACGAUUGGGGUCGCUCCAUGAAUAUGCGUCACUACAAUUCCACCGAACCGCCCACGUACGAUUUGAAAUCCAUCCGAGUGCCCAUCACGCUGAUCUACGGAGAAAAUGACAUACUAGCCGACACGAUAGACGUGAUGAAACUAAAAGCCCAACUUCCCAUGGUCGUGGACGCAUUUCCGGCAAAAAGUCCGUACUUUAACCACGUGGACUUCUUGUGGAGCUCCAAGGUCAAUGAACACGUCAACGAACCGGUCAAGGAAAUACUGCAGAAGACCGACGACCUUGGCUGGACGUACACGGGCCCUGCGGCCAACGCCACCGCCGUGGACGCGGUCGUCCCCGUGGUCAGUCAGCAGCCAUUUCAGGUACUGCAACUGAACCCGCUAUCGGGUGCCAUCCUGGCGCCCAGCCUGGAGUUCUUCGCCGAGAACCUGGACGCCAUCAUCGCUAGCACAAUGCCGCUGCCGGUGGACGAGCGCGACGUGGCGGUGUUCGAAAUGGAACGGGAACAACAGCGGCUGCUGUUCGGCGGCGUCAUCAGGUUCGCACAGGCGGCCGAGAAGAAGUACGGACAGCUCCGGGAGGGGAUCACCAACGAGAUCUCGGGAUGGGCCGACGACGUGGCCACCGGCGCCGAAUCGCGCGUCAAGCAGACCGCCGUCCUGGUGAACGGCAAGAUCGCGUUCGCCGGACACUCGGUGGCCGGGGCCGUGGGCAAAGCCGGACACUCGGUGGCCGGGGCCGUGGGCAAAGCCGAGCACUUCGUCGUCGGCGGCGUGGGCAAGGCCGAACAGACCGUGGUCGUCGGGAUGGGCAAGGCCCAGAAUUACGUCAGCUAUGGUCUGAACAAGGCCGACCGGGCCGUGAACGGCGCCCUGAACGCCACUGUGGGCCGCGUCGGCAGGGUGUUGUGGUUCUGGAAGUGA